AUGGAUACUUUAUUCAACUCUACUAAGACCAAUUCCCGUGGUAUUCCUGAGGCCCCAUUUGUGGAGAAAGUGGAAGAUUUCAUCAAGGAUCCUAACGACUUUGACCUAUGCUUCAACAAAUUCCAAGAAAGACUGUCAAAGUAUAAGUACAUGCAGGAGUCAAAGCUGGUUUCAGUUAAGCAACUGAAGCAAAAGAUACCUGACAUUGAGAACACGCUGGGUAUGUGUCGUUGUCUGGAGGCCAAGAAAAACAGCGGCUCAAAUUUGGAGACCAACUACCAAUUGAACGAAACAUUAUACACCACUGCAGAGAUAGACACAACUGAUGAACUAAAAGUUGGGUUGUGGCUCGGUGCUGACGUCAUGUUAGAGUAUCCGAUUGAUGAAGCCAUUGAGCUACUGACCGCAAAACUGGCGGAAGCGAAGAAAAACCUGGAUAUCAACCAGGAGGACGUGGAAUUUUUGCGAGAAAACAUAACUACGAUGGAAGUCAAUUGCGCUAGACUGUACAAUUGGGAUGUCGAAAAACGCCAGCAGCUUAAGGGAGCUCAGCAGGCCACCGAAAACCUGAAAAUAUAG